AUGGCUCCACUGCAGAAAAACCACACCUUAAGCUCCGAGUUUAUUAUCUUGGGCUUUGGGGAUCUCGCCGAACUGCAAAUCUUCUUUUUUGGACUAUUUUUAAUCAUGCAUCUUGUCACUCUAGUAGAGCACACAACCAUUGUGCUUGUCACCCUCAUUGACUCCUGCCUCCAGACCCCCAUGUAUUUUUUUCUUCGCAAUCUGUCCACCAUAGAAAUUUGCUAUAUAUUGGUCAUUGUCCCCAACAUGCUGGCCAAUUUCCUGUCCAGCAGCCAGCGGAUGCCCAUCGUGGGCUGUGCUUUGCAAAUGCACCUCUUCAUUGCUCUGGGAGGAGCAGAGUGUUUCCUCCUAGCUGUGAUGGCCUAUGACCGCUUUGUAGCCAUCUGCAAGCCCCUGCGCUACACACUCAUCAUCACCAAGGCCCUCUGUCUGCAGAUGCUGGCUCUGGCAUGUGUCAGUGGCUUUGCACUCUCACUCACCCUUACCACACUAAUAUUCCUCUUGCCCUUCUGUCGGUCCCUUGAGAUCAAUCAUUUCUUCUGUGACGUCCCUGCUGUGUUAUUCCUGGCCUGCUCAGACACACGAGCCAAUGAGAUUGCAGUCUUCCUGGUCUGCAUGCUCAUCCUGUUGAUUCCCUUCUUGCUGAUACUGCUCUCCUAUGCAUUCAUUAUCGCUGCCAUCCUCAGAAUCCACUCAGCCGAGGGUAGAAGCAAAGCCUCCUCCACCUGUGCUGGGCACCUGCUGGUCUCUCUUCUGCACUAUGGCUGUGCAAUAUUCAUCUACAUUCGCCCCAAGUCAUGCUACACCCCGGAACAGGACAAAAUCGUGUCCUUAAUCUACACCAAUGUAACUCCCAUGCUCUACCCCAUGAUCUAUAGCCUCAGGAACAAGGAAGUCAAGGGUGCCCUCAGGAGACUCUUGGAGAGCCACAACCAGAUGAGGAGGCAGCCUAAUGCCAGGUGA